CUGCCGUGGGUUCUGUGGGUAACUUUCCCUACAGAAGUUUGAAUAUUUAUAAAAGGUUUAAGACUUUUUAUCAGAUAGUUUCAGACGUUUUUCUGUGUCUGAGUUUAGUGUCCGAUUGAAGUUUAAAUCUGUACCGACGAAGAUUUUAACAGUGCUAUUAAAAAUUCCCAGGUUCUUUGAACACAGCAUUGGGACGGGCUGUUCUGACUUUUCUCCCCGUUGUUUGGAUUUUAACUGGAAACCAGAGGAGCGUGUCUUCAUCUACCAGUGAUAGCAGAGGCUAACAGUUUACUGGGACCAGUCUGAACCAGUUUCAGUUAUUCAAAGUGGAUCUGUAAACUUUAUUUAAACCGUUAAACUCGCAGACGCAGCAGCUUCCGGGAUGAACGCGCUGCUGCGGCGGUGUUACCUGAGGAGGGUCAGAGCAUGCAGAGGAGAGUUUCAGAUACAGAGAGAUCUCCACAUGUCAGCGGCGGCCGCGACCUUUGACAUGAGGAAAGUGGAGCUGACACCUCUGGAGCAGAGAAAGCUGACGUUUGAUUCCCACGCCAUGGUGACGGAGCUGGAGAGCAGCGGUUUUACGAAGCCUCAGGCCGAGCUGAUCGUCUCUGCUCUCGUCACCUUGACCACGGCGAACAUGGACAUCAUCUAUAAAGACAUGGUGACUAAAGCUCACCAGGAAAUCACGGUGCAGCAGAUCGUGGCUCACCUGGACUCCAUCAGGAAGGACAUGGUGAUCCUGGAGAAGAGCGAGUUCGCAAACCUGCGGUCAGAGAACACGAAAAUGAAGCGAGAGCUGGAGCAGCUGCAGAACAGGCUGAAGGAGGAGAGUCUGAAAGUCCGAGCAGAAACUAAACUGGACAUCAACCUGGAGAGAAGCCGGAUCUCAGACAUGUUCAACGAACAGGAGAAGAAACUGAUGGAGGCGAGUACAGAGUUCCAUCACAAGAAAGCCGACCUGGAGCAUGACAACAUGGAGAUCAAUAAGAAGAUGGACCUGCAGGUGGCGUCGCUCAAAACCGUCCUCGAGUCUCUGAAACUGGAGACCAUCCGAUACCUGGCAGCCACCGUCUUCUCGUGUCUCGCCAUCGCUCUGGGAGUUUACCGCCUGUGGAGGUGAAGAAACAAGGGCCGAGCUCUCGUCUUCAUCCGCCAGACAAAGUAGUUCCUUCUUAAUCAUAAGAGAGGGGACCUGCUGCUGCUACGAAAUAUUACACAUUUAUAUGAAAGCUUCUUCACUCCGUUAUACCACAUUAAAAAGACUCAAAAUACAAGAAAAUUCUGCGAGUAAAAGUCCUGCGUUUGAAAGAAAGACUGGAAAAGGGUCCAAGUUUUGACACAGAAUAAGAACAGAAGUCAAACAUACUGGGAGCAUAAAUAAAGGUAAAAAAUAUAUAUAUACAUUUUUUAAUGAUAAUGUACUUCUUUGUUUCUUUCAGUCUCAGUACAAUCCUUGUAGAAAGUAAAAUCUAUCAGUUAUGUACUAAAAAAUCCAUUUACUUAAAAAAUGCAGGAUUUUUAUUCAUUAAAAAAAUCUAGCUUUAACCCCUUAAAGCCUGAUUGUACCCAAAAAAUUCACAAAUUUUUGAACUGAAAUGUUUAUUUCACUUUCUAAUGAAAUACAAAAAAAUAUAUAAAUUUCCAUAAAAUUUAACACAUACAGUGCUGAACAAGUGUAUUAGACCACCCUAACCCUAACCACAGUCAGAUUU